CAACCAACAUGGCGUCCGGCCGGCUGCGGGAGAGGGAGGUCCAGCGGGAGGGGAGACGCUGCGUGGACGCCAAGCCCCUCCAAGGCAACAAAUACUCGCUGCUCGUCAUCAUUGGACGUGCGGCUCCCCACGGACACGCAGGACACGUCUGCCAACGCAUCCAGACAGGAAUUCGCUCGUGGGACGUGGACUUGAAAGACUGCGACCUCGAUGUCUACCUGCAAGAGUUCCUCUCCCAUCACACGGCCUCCUUCAAGGGUGCAGGACACAAGUGUCUGCGCCACAGCGGCCGAGUGUUGGACACUAAUAUUGUGAUCGCUCCGUCUCAGGAACAAGCCCACUCAGAGGUGUGCGCUCUGUUGUCCCGUGAAUCGUCUCACAAGCUGCUCAUCUUGGCCGGUCAGAGCGUGGAGGGCAGCGGCGACCUCGUCUUUCACCGAGGCCUUUUCUCCCCCAAACAUCUGACACAAAUACUAGCAGAGCAGGAUGAAGAUCACCUGGUCAGCCUGACUUUGUGUUGCCCCAACAACAACAACAACAACACAUCCCACUGGAAGAAGACCCUCCAGCCCGGUCAGGGUCCGGUCCUUCUUCACAUCAACCCCCCGGAGGUCCUGCCUGCCAUGUCGGCCUUGGUGGAGUUCACCUCCCUCAUCUCCGGUACGCUCUACCCGUCGUCCCCGUUCGAGCUCUUGCCUCCCCCGGCCACCGUGGGCUUCCUCAAGCUGUCCCGACCCUGCUGCUACGUGUUCCCCGCCGGGCGCGGCGACUGCGCCUUCUUCGCCGUCAACGGCUUCACGAUGCUGCUGGACGGCGGCUCGGACCCGCAGGCGUGCUUCUGGAAGCUGGUCCGCCACCUGGACCGCGUCGACGCCGUCUUGCUGACGCACGUCGGCACGGAGAACCUCACCGGGAUCAACAGCUUCCUGGAGAGGAAGGUAGCAGAGGCGGAGUUGGCCUCCGAUGUCAAAGAGGACUCAUCCAAGAGGCUCAUCUCCCCAGAGCUUGGAGUUGUGUUCUUUAACGCCCCCAGCAGGUUGCAGGUGGAACAGCAGCCUUGUGUGGACAAUCUACUGAAGAGCACAGACCAGGCAGCGCUCACAGUACACCUGUUGAAAAAGUUAGAUAUCCGACCUCAGCCUAUGUUUCGACCUCAAGCGGUCCCCCCCGAGCCAAUAACCCUGUUCCAAAAGAUGGGAGUGGGACAGCUGGACUUAUACAUCCUCAGCCCCUCUAAAAACAGCCAGGAGUACCAGACGUUCAUGCAACAGUGGCCUGACUUUGAGUCACCUGGAACCCAAUCCCAAGCGCUCCCCCUCAAUGCCCUAGUCUCAGUGUCCGCCUUGCUCGUGUGGCACCCAGCGUGCCCCCAGGAAAAGGUGGUCCGAGUGUUGUUCCCCGGUGUCACUCCGCAGACUAAACUACUGCAGGGUCUUGAAAAGAUGAAAACUCUGGCCUUCCUCCAGAAACCCACAGUCACCACCGGCGACCUGGAGAGGUUGGCGGAUGCGGGGAAGUCCAAAAGGGCCGGGAGCCAGGACAGCAUCCGCUUGCAAGGGAAGGAGGUUACCCCCAAACGUGGAAAAGACGCGAAGGCGAAAUUUGUCAAUGGAGAUGUUGAUAAAGCCAAAAAGCAACAAGCAACAGAGAAGAAUGGUUCAAAGAAGGCUAGUGGAAAAGAUGCGAAGAAGGAAGGAAGAACAAGCAGUCGGGAAGAGAAUGGCGUGGUGAGAAAUGGCGCAGGGAAGAAGGAGACAAUCAUCUCUAAACCAAAGAAUGACAACAAGCUCAAAAAGGAAGCAAGGAAUGACUCUAAAGCAGGGUCCAAGAAGACUAAGAAGCUACCCAGCAAGAAUGUAGAUGUCAAGACCGAAUCAAAACCAGACAAUGAUGUAGCGCUAGAGUUCUCAAAGCCAGAGGACACCUGCGCUCACCAAGGACCUGACAAAACUCGCCGUGUCUCAAAAACAUCAACUCCCGAGGACAUGACUGCUGAUUUUCUGCGCCUUCAGGAGGAAACGGAAAAAGAGGGGGCAGACUCGGCAGAAAAAGACAAUCAGACUAAUGGCAGCCCUAGAAAUGAGAAACAACUUGAAUGUUUGGCUGACAAGAGGGCUGAAAGACCGGUGCAAGACUUGGACCAGUUAGGACUUGGGAAGAAACCAACAAAGAUUGUAGGAUUCCCAUGCCCGUUGAGGGAGACGCCGAAGGACGAGGGAGACAUUAAUUUAGACCUGACCCCCACUGAGUACACCCUCCUGGACGGAGCUUUGAAGACCACCCCUCCAUCACGAUCGUCGCCAGAGAACCAGGUGCCCAUCAGCCCAGAAGAGAAGACUGUUGAGAAUGCUUCCCCUGGUUCAAGACCCAACAGUGCGGGCCACACUCCUUACUGUCUGUCCCCUGAUGAUGUGUGGUGCAACAGAGACACUCUUAGCAGACUACAAGCCCAGCUUGAACCAACUGAAGUCACCCAGCCUAAGAACCAGCCGGGCAAUGUUGCCGAACCAACCCCCAGAGAGAAACACUUGAGUUUUCUCUCUCUGGGUCCGCUAAAAGACGUAGCCUCCGACCCGUCUCCGUCUGUGGCCAACACCACCACCUCCACCCACUCUAUGCCCGCAGAAGUCAGCUCGCCUCAGUCCACAGAAGUCGACGAGUCGCUGUCCAUGUCCUUGGAACAAGGGCCAUCCACGGGUAGUCAGAGAGAGGCGGAUGACGCCGUUCAUCACCCUCACCCCAAUGGAGGACACUUAUUUGGUGUGUCUCUACCCAUGAAGAAGCCCUUGAGGUCUUUGGGUUCAGAAAUGGGGCGUCCUCCGGCUCCUAGCACCCUUCACUUUGAGGUGUCUGCCGUUCACGAUGUGGACCUUUGUCUAGUAUCCCCUUGCGAGUUCAAGCAUUCUAAAGCGCCCGACUCCAGUUCAGGUGUCAGCGAAGCCUCCAGAGGCGCAUUUGGACCCCAAAAUCAUAGCAGCACCACGGGCAAAGACACGUCACCCAGCGAAACAAACGCCCCCGUCUGCAUGGAAGACUGCCCGUCCACCACAGCCGACGGGGUCCUGGACUCCGACGAAGACGAGUCGUGCGGCGGACCGCCACAGCUCCGCAGCAGUCAGGCUCUGCCCCAUGACCCAAUUCCUGCCCGGCUCAGGGAUAGCCCCCCCAUGCCUCCUCAUCCUGACACCACCAUGCCUGUUCCACUGUCCGACUCUGGCACUCACGGAAAAAAAGUCAAGUCAAGCGCAGCGCGGGGAAAAACAGCAGCUGGGGUGAUCGAGAGCUCUCAAAGAGCGAGCUCAGGGAAAAACAAGACAGGAAGUGGCGUCCUGAGGGUCAAAAACGAUAACGCCGCAUCAUCCCGCACGUCGUCCUCCGCCAGCCGCCAACCACCAGCGAAAUCCUCAGCCAAUCCAGAUCAUGUUCCAGAUCCCAAGUCUACCUCCGCUGAGGAUGUAAGUGUCUUUGUGGACCUUGCCUACGUUCCGUCGGGAGCUUCGUGCCCGACUGUCAGUGUGGAUUUCUUCAAGAGUGUACGCUCGUCCUGUUACAUCAUCAGCGGCGACUGUCCUGAGAGGGAGGAGCUUAUGAGGCGGACGCUGGACGCGCUGCUCGAUGGCAAGUCUUGCUGGCCCGACGCCAUGCAGGUGACCCUCAUCCCCACGUUCGAGUCCGCCUCCAUGCAGGACUGGUACCAGCAGACCCUGGAGAAGCAGAAACAGCUGGGAAUUGUGGUCCUGGGCUCCAACAGCACCGUGGCCAUGCAGGAUGAGACCUUCCCGGCCUGCAAGAUUGAGUUCUGAAUUGUGAGGAAAAUGACGUUUAGUCUAUUGAAUUACAUUUUUAAUGUUUCGUACUCGUGGUUCACCUACAAAAACACCUUGAUUUGCUUCAGUCCCAAAGCGCUCUUUUACUGACCACGCAUGAUCUUCUGGUCCUGUGACCCUAUCCUUAACAGGGGAGGAACCCGCGCACAUACACACACACACACACACACACACACACACACACACACACACACACAAAGAGAAGGUUUGUGGUCGAGCACGUUCAGAAUAGUGAGCAUCCAUGUGGUUUUAGCACCAUAAAAAAACACUUCAAUGCUUAAUUGUGUAAAAAAAUAUGUUAUGCUUUGUGCAUUUGAAUCCACAGUAUAUGGAAUAAUCACAUGGUCACUGUAUAGUUGAAUCUAUGUUGUAUGCACCUGCUUUGACAAGUUGUUCCAAACAUUAUCAUCCCUUUUUCUUCAAAAGGGAGAACAUUAGCCGUUUAAAUGAAUCCCAAUCAAUGCAGGUAAUAUGUGGACAUUGACAAGAAUGAUUAGAUUACAUUUAAUGAUGUCAACAUGACUGUAGAUUGGCUUGUUUUUAUUAUAUUCACUUUAGUUCAGUGAAAAAACAAAACAAUUUAAAUCACUAUUUUCUUAAAUUACAAUUUAAUUAUUAUGGUUUUGAAAAUCAUUAAAUUGAAUAUAAAAUAAGAAUAAUAAUUUUAAUUUUUUUUAAAUAGUCAAAAUGUUUAACUAAAAAUUGUCUGGUCGUGACAAAAAUUAUAUUAUUGGUUAAAAAUAAUCCGGAAAACCCACCACCUUUUCUUUCUUUUUUUUUUACUCCCAAGUGUCCAUUUCUAAAUUACAUGUAAUUUUUUUUAAAGUCUAAAUGUUUAUCUAAAACUUGUCUUGCCAUGACAAAUAUAAUAUUAUUGGUUAAAAAUAAUCCCAAAUACCCACCUUGUUUUUUUUUUUUCUUUACUCCCAAGCGUCCAUUUUUUAAAAAUAUAAUGUAAUUAAAAAAAAAAAGGUCUAAAUGUUUAUAUACAAAUUGUCUGGUCAUGACAAAUAUAAUAUUAAUAGUUAAAAACAAUCCCAAAUACCUACUUUUUUAAAAUUGUCUUCCAAGUAUCCAUUAUUUAUUUUUUUAUCAUUAUUAUUAUUUCAAAAAUAUAAAAUUAAAUACAAAAUAAAAACAUUUGAAAUAUAGCACUUUUAAUUGAAAACAAAAUCAAAAUGUUUAUUUUGAAAUUGUGUGGUCAUGACAAAUAUAAUAAUGGUUAAAAACAAUCCCAAAUACCCACUUUAAAAAAUAAAUAAUAAAAAACCAAAGUGUCAAUUAUUUUAUUACAAUUUGUUUACUAGUAUCAUUUUAAAAUUAUUUAAAUGAAUAUAAAAUAAAAACAUUUGAAAUAAAGCACUUUAAGGGACAAGCGGUAGAAAAUGGAUGGAUGGAUGUUUGAUUUGAAAUAGUCUGGUCAUGACAAAUAUAAUAUUAAUAGUUAGAAAUAAUCCCAAAUACCUACUUUUUUAUGUUUUCCAAGUGUGCAAUAUUUAAUUUGUAUCAUUAUUAUAAUUUCUAAAUUAUUAAAUUAAAUAUUAAAAAAAUAUUUCAAAUAUAGCACUUUUAAUUAAAAACAAAGUCAAAAUGUUUAAUUUGAAAUUUUCUGGUCAUGACAAAUAUAAUAAUGGUUAGAAAUAAUCCCAAAUACCCACUUUAAAAAAUUAAAAAUAAUCCAAGUGUCCAUUAUUUUAUUACAAAUUAUUGUUUACCAAUAUUAUUUUAAAAUUAUUAAAAUGAAUAUAAAAUAAAAACAUUUGAAAUGAAGCACUUUAUUAGAAACCAAGUCAAAAUGUUUGAUUUUAAAUUGUCUGGUUAUGACAAAUAUAAUAAUAAUAAAGUAGAAAUAAUCCCAAAUACCCACUUUUUUUUAAAUUUUCUUCCAAGUGUCCAUUAUUUAAUUUUUAUCAUUAUUAUUAUUUUAAAAUUAUUAAAUUAAAUAUAAAAUAAAAACAUUUGAAAUAUAGCCCUUUUAAUUAAAAACAAAGUCAAAAUGUUUAAUUUGAAAUUAUCUGGUCAGGACAAAUAUAGAAAUUUUUUUUUUUUUUUUUUUUUUUUUACAAUUUAUUGUUUACCAGUGUUAUUUAAAAAAUAUUAAAUUGAAUAUAAAAUUAAAAAAAACAUUUUAAAUAAAGCACUUUAAUAAAAACCAAGUCAAAAUGUUUGAUUUUAAAUUGUCUGGUCAUGACAAAUAUAAUAUUAAUAGUUACAAAUAAUCCCAAAUACCCACUUUUUUUAAAAAACUUCCCAGAGUCCAUUUUUAAAUUACAAUUUAAUUAUUAUUGCUGUUUUUAAAAUCAAUGAAUUAAAUAUAAAAUAAGAAUAUUUGAAAUAAAGUACCUUUAAUUUAAUAAAAUAUUCCAAAUACACACUUUCUACUUUUUAUUCUUCUCAAGUGUCUAUCUUUAAAUAUUUGUACAAAAUAUCAGAGCUAGAUUUCCAAAUAAAAUGCCCUUGGUAUUUCUAGCUGCUUUUUCAUUUGUCAGUGUAUAAUCUGCAAAAUCACCAAUCUGAUACCUGGAUUACAUCAUCUGAUUAAGUAAAAUUGCUCUGUGAUUACAAUAACCAAAGGCGGAACUGUGAUUGUAAUCCAUUUUACUGUGGGUGCUUAAAAUGGGAUGUGAUUGUAUCACAAGAGGACGUGAUCAAUCAAUGACUGAGUGAAUUGAUGAUAGUCGUCCAUCAAGUUUGGGUCUUCACUCAGUCGUGGAUGUUUUUUAAAUUUGUCAUAUUCUAUGUAUCUUUGUCCUGAAUUAAGCAUAAAAAAUGGCAAAAUGAAACAAAAAUAUAAAUACUACAGUAAUAUUGGCCACUAGAUGGGACCAAACCAAUCGGAGCGCUCUGUUCAGUAUCGUGGCCACUGAUUGGCUCAGCCUCAGGAACAUUAAAAUAUUGGAGUGUAAACGUAUUUCAUGUGGUACAAACUGUAUUUAGAAGUUUUUUUAUGGUCUAGCUAUGAAAAUAUUCAAUUAAUAAUGAAUAAUUCCCACUCCACGGACCAAACAAAACGCACUCUAGUUAGAAUUGAUUUGAGCCUUUCCUGAAAGUUUCCUUGAAAAAAAAAAAAAGUCCCAAUUUGGAACCAAUUGCUAAAUAUAAGUGCCAGGUUAUGGUUAAUUAAUCACCUCCCAUAUUUGUGUACUUUUUGGAUUUGUUACACACUGCCGGUAAAAAGAUGAAACAACGAAUAUGUAAAAAUAGCAGGUUUUUCGAAUGGUUUUUUUUUUCUUCAAAAAUGUUUUUGAUGUAUGAACUGUAUAAAAUGAUUUCAAAAAAUAUUUUCUUUACUCUUCCUUUUCAGAUGUGCUAUAGGAAUGAGUCAGCAUUUCAAUUGGGAUUUAGGUCUGGGCUCUGCAAAACUUGAAUUUCCCUUAUGCUUAUAGGCAUUGCAAUCCAUCUGUGGCAAUAUGUUGCGAUGGGGAUCGAGAGUAAUGCAGAAGAUGUCAUUAUCUAAUUUGCAUGAUUGGCCAUGACUCAUGUUCUUUUUAAUGGAUACGAUUGAGCAAAAAAACAUGAACCAAAACAAGUGUUUUAGAUUGAUGGACGGGGUUAACGCUGACUAAAUAUAGCCAGGUUUUCUUAUACUUUUGCAAACCAGGCGCGCACACAGACAGUCCCAUCAUAAUGUGUUUAUUGACGAGAGGGAACGGGUGUAACAGCAGAUGUAUUUACCGGUAGAUGGAUGUCCAGUAUAUAGGAAACACUGCUAAAUUAAUGAAAUAUUGGUGCAAUUCCUCUACAGGUUUUGGAUUUUCUAAAAAAAACAAUAAGGUUUUGGAAUGGCCCAGAAAAAGUAACCAGACCUAAAUCAAACUCAAAAGCUGUAAGGUGCCCUUAAUGUGUUUGUGCCUAAGAGAUCGGACACAUUCUAGGUUCCUCUGCAAAAAACGUAUUGAACAUUUUGAAUGUAUCCAUCCAUCCAUUUUCUACCGCUUGUCCCUUCUGUUUAUUUUCUUCUUGAAUUGACAGGUUAAAAUUAAAUUUUUAGAACAGCUAUUUUACCAUAACUUCAAACUAUUACUUAUCUGUAAUGUAUGUUGUUUCAUUUCAUGAUAUUCAUGAGGAGAGUAUGCAUGCAGCGGGGAUGAUGAUGAUGAUGUUUAGUAUGUUUUGUGGGGGUAGCUGGAAGGAUAUGUACUUAUAAUUAUGAUAAUAAACAUAAAUAAUGUUUAUCACAGUCUGUGCACAUAA